AUGUCCACGACGCUUCUGCGGGAGGAUGCGCGACGCCUAUUCAAUAGAGUAUAUGUCCUGCCGGAAGCGGACGCCGGGAAUGAGUCUGGCCGGGCGGAUAUUCAGGAAGAAUUCGAUCGUUUGGAAACAGAAUUGAACGCGACAAAGUCACUCCUGAACGACAAAGAACCUGUUUCCUGGAGGAAACAUACGUCUUAUUGUAACAAAGCAUCGGGGGUUUUCCACAAGCUUGGCCACGUGUUGGGCAGAAACAUUCCGUUGGUAACCCAGGCAUUCCUGAAAUUCUUCGAGUUGUUAUCAGUUUACAAGCAUCAACUCGUCAAACGAGCGAAUCUGAGGAGCUUUCAUUUAUGCGAGGCGCCAGGCGCUUUCAUCACAGCUCUCGAACAGUAUCUUCUGCAGGCCUACGGAUCGUCACGCGAUUGGGACUGGAAAGCCUCGACCCUGAAUCCGUAUUUCGAAGGGAACUCCACCGAGCAGACAUUCGUCGAUGACCGUCUCAUUUUCGAAACUCUCGAUCGAUGGGUUUUCGGGAAAUCCGGGACGGGAAACAUAUUUUCGUUGGAUAUCGAUGACGAUGACAUCCAUCAGUUCGAUUUGGUGACCGCGGACGGGAGCAUAGACUGCCAGAAUUGUCCCGCGGAGCAGGAGCUGAAGGUUCUGCCGCUCUUCUGUGUGGAGAUCCGGUGCGCUCUCCGACUCUUGAAGAACGGAGGCUCAUUCGUUCUCAAAAUGUUCACAUUCUUCAAAGGCAAAACGCGGAAAAUCCUCCAGAUGCUGCGGAAGUGUUUCGAUGAAGUUCAUAUCCGAAAACCGUCUUGCAGCAGAAGUAGUAACUCCGAGGUUUACAUCAUCUGCCUCGGAUAUCGCAUCGAGAUCGGCAAGAUUUUCCUACCCGAACUCGACCGUCUCGUCAACGCUGAAGGAGAGCUUCUAGGGGAGCUCAGCGAGGGGCUCGAUAGCAGUUUCGAGAAUGUGGUCUUGGAAGCCAGUCGGAACUUGUGUGAGUCGCAAGUUGCUACGAUCCGGGAAAAUGUGGACUAUUCCGAGCACAUGUCGAAACGUCAACGAGAAAAAUUAGAAACAGUGAAAACAAUGGUUGCGGAUAUGUACAUCAGUAGACUUCACGUAACGAGGUUGUCCGACGAAGCAGAGCGCAGCAGAAGCCUGAGCUGCGCGAAACUGACGAAGCCGUCGCUGUCCAAAGGUCGCGCUUGGAACGUGGUAGCGUACGAAGACCGCGAAAAUAGACGAUGGUGGGUUGAACACGCCGGAGACCUACUGAAACGACUCCAAGAGCUCCACCCGCACGUCUUCACGCACAUGAGUGUCCCCGAAUCGCUGUACGAGAAGGAUGGAGCUUUCGAUGAGACCACGCUGAAGAUUUCGACUGGCGAAAGCUGCUCGGUUGUAACGGUGUCGAAGUUCAUCGAACAAAGUCUCCUCGACCUCUACUACAUGAUAUUCCCUCCGGAAACUGUCCCGGAAGAUCAUCUAGCACCACGGAAAACGGAGGAUCCCGAGCAGAGCUUAGUCAGCAUCACGAUUCGGGCCGACUUUUCCUCAAGAGAAAAACGUCUGCGCUUUCUGACGGAAACCGAGCGAGAGCUCCUGCUCACAAUUGAUCAUCCAUUUGCGGUUCUCCUGCAAGUCGAAUUCUCGGAGACGAUCUCGCGAUUCGCCGCCGGAAUCCUGUAUCUCUUCUCCCAGGCAUUCGACGAAGUGGAAUUCGAAUACAAGAGAAUAGACCACAUAUGCUUCAAUUUCACGCUCGAUGACACGCGUGAACUCGACAAGGUUCUCAAGGCGAUUCGGGUCGUUCGAAAGGCUCUCGAAGACUGCGAGGACAACGUGACCGUGACCGAGAUAUUCCCUCUGCGAACCAUCUGCUUGUCAAGCUUCUUCAAGUUCCUGAGGAAUUGCAAUGAACGAUUUUACGCAACGAACGCGUCCGCCGUGAAACUUUUGGCUCUCAUCGACCAGCAGAAGCCUGAGCAAGCGGAGAGUGGAGGCGACGUCGGAAUCCCUGACGCAAAAUGAGACUCCAAGCGGCAUCCACUAAGAACUGACGCAUCCGUGAUCGUCGACGAACACGGGUCGAUUCGACGGCAGAAAAUCAAUAAAUGCCGCGAUUCCGCACACCAAUCCAUGUUGGAGAACGUACCCUCUCGUCGGAACAGACUGUCUAUUAAAUUACGUCCAGAUGAUCAGAAAGCUCUAGAUUAUGACAGAUAUACGAGAUGAAUAAAUCGUUCC